AUGGGUCGUGCGAACUCAUUAGCUAUGCACCUUUUGCUAACAAAUAAGAUAUCAUUCAGCGGAGGUAAAAGGUCUAUUGGACAUUUAUUGAUAUUAGACAUUAAUUGGGUGCAAACUAGUAUAAAAGGAAAUGACUUCGGGCGAUUUUGUCCUGUUCGUAGAAAAGAUCUCACGAGUUCGGUUGAUAGAAUGCUAGUCGAAACCUUAAUGUUUUUUGUGGUACUGGUCAUAUACAAGACUAGCGGAUAUCGGAACCUUUUUAUAUCGAACAACCGCGAGGAUUUAAACUCUGAGAUAAUCAAUCAAAUUUCAACUUUGUUAACAUUGGAGACUGGCCUAGUCUUGGUCACCCAAUCGACACAGGACUAUCAAAAUCUUUAUGUGAACCACUUCCUGGAAAGUAGUGAAUAUCCUUUAGAAAUCGCUCAUAAAAGUAUUGCAUGGAGCCUUGUGAAAUCAAAAAGACUUGACAAUUUCAUAAUUACUACCACCUUGGACGCAUUGUACAAAAACACCAAAACAUUCGUGAUGAAACGAGGAUUUUAUUUCUUUAUCAUUAUGGAUAACGUGAUUGUGAAUUAUAAUGAAACGAAACCCAUUUUCCAGGCUGCUUGGGAGAAUCACAGAACUCUCCAUGUUUACCUUCUAACUUAUAAGGAAGGAAUCAUCGCAUUUGAUCCAUUUAUCUAUAAUUACGCCAGUUCGGAUUAUGGCAUAGUAUUGCCACUGGCGGAGCGGAAAAGUGUAGAAGAAUUAUUUACAAAUUUAAACGGUUAUCCUAUAAACAUUGAAGUUUUCCGAUCGGUGUAUUCAUAUUUAGUGACCGGGAGUGAUGGAAACGUGAUUGAUAUCCGUGGAGCUGAUGCUGAAGUUGCUUUUGAAAUUGGGAAACAGAUGAAUUUUGUAAUACUUUUACAAAAACCAGAUAAAUUCAAUUUUGGAUACUUAACAGAAAAUGGAACCUUCAAUGGUGCCUUGGGGCGUGCCAUUUCAAAUCAAGUGGAUAUGACAUUAACGGGAUACUUUAUAAAGGAUUACUUCACACGAGACGUUGAAUUUACAGUUGCAGUUUCUGCAGAUCAACUUUGCUGCUAUGUUCCAAAAGCGGAGCGUGUUCCUCAAUCAAUACUACCAUUAUUUUCACUCAGCACAGAUAUGUGGAUGUGUUUUUGCCUCACUGGGUUAGCAUGCGGGGCAAUUUGGAGCGCAAUUCGUUGCUUUAACCUUGCCCUAUUCAGGCAGCGCAACUUUAAUUAUAACAAACGUUGGAGACGUUUUCAGUUCGUACAAAUAUUCAUUGAUACAUGGAUUGUUUGGGUUCGAGUCUCUUUACGUAAAUUUCCAGGUUUCGAUGCAGAAAAGGUUUUUUUAGGAUCAGUUUGUUUGGUUAGUGUUAUAUUUGGUGCUAUAUUUGAAUCCAGUCUGGCUACAAUUUAUAUAAGACCGCUAUACUACAAGGACAUUACAACACUUCAAGAAUUAGACGCAAGUGGGUACGAAAUAUUAUAUAAAUAUGCUUCGAUGGGUGAUGACGCUUUUGCUAAAGGAUCAUCGGCGUUAUUCACAAGACUUGCAAAUAAAAUGCGUUUCGUAGAUUUCGGUGAGUCCCUAAUGGACAGAAUGAUUAAAAAGAAAGGGUUUGCAAGCAUAACACGGAAAUCCUCAGUUAAAUUGGAUAAUGUGAAAUAUUUUGCAUCAAAUGAACUUUUCAUGAUACCAGAAUGUCCGAAAACUUAUACCCUUGCCUAUGUUUUGCCGAAAGACUCUCCUUUCGCUGAAAGAGUCAAUUUAUUACUUUUACGAUUUCUGAGAGCUGGAUUAAUUGAUAAAUGGGUUGACAAAAUGUAUUACCAGGCGAAGUUAGAUAAUAUAAAGAAAAAUAGAAGAAUUGCUGCAGUCGGAGCUAAAGUUUUGACAAUGGGAGACUUGCAGUUACCUUUUAUAGUUCUAAUUUCAGGGGGCACUUUUGGAUUUGUCGUAUUACUUGGUGAAAAGUAUCUAAUGCAAAAAAUAUACUCUACCUAUAAAAAGUUAUAUAAAUAAUACUUUUAGAGAUUGUUAUCACAAUUUAUUUACAAAAACUUUGUAUAUAUCUUUAAUAAAAACAAUUUCAGAAUGAA